AUGGCGGAGGAGGAGAUUCGGAAACUGACUGAGGACGCGGUGGUUGAAGAAUCGGAGGCGGAGGUGGAUUCGUUCUCUCCGGUGCCGGAUCUACUAUGUCCUCCGUUGAAUCACUUAACGCGUUUGAUAAGAAACACCGUUUCGACACUGGUUUUAGUACUCGAGGAACCUUAG